AGGGGUGUGGGAUGGGGAGGAAGAGUGGAGGGGGCAUCACAUGAGGAUGCUACAGGCUGCGAUUGAUUCCCAGGGGUUGGGCUAAGACUGGCCAUGCCCACUCUCCACAUGCCCACUAGCAGGAGCAGCUAGUGCUGGGCCAAGAGACUCAUGGUCACUAGGGAGGCGGGUACUGCUUGGCUCGUGGCACAUGGUGGCGGCAGGCAGACUGGUCUGAGUGCGGGUGGCAGGCUGCAGCAGAGGCACCUGGGAGCGUGCCCUUACCCAUCAUUCUCUCAGGGCUGCCCUUCCUGGUGUGUCCUGGUCCCUGGAGGCCCCAUCUGAACUGUCACAGGUAGGAGUUGCGUGGCGCUGGGUACUUGAAGCUCCUGCUAAAGUGGCUGGGGGCUGAGGGCAUUUAGUGCUGCAGAUGGGAGCAGCCAGCCCCCAAGAUAUCAGCCUCAGCCUUCAGGGCCUCCACCUGCACCUCUGUUUAGUGCAGGCUCAUCCAUCCGGCUGCUUGCAUGUCCGUGGAGAUUGCACUGCCAGCGCCUUUGUGUCGAUGGGCCCCUCACGGUGGAGGUAUGCCAUGCGAGGGGCAGAGAUUCGGCUGAUCCACAGCCAGCAUGUGCCAAACCCCGCUAGGGCUUUCCUCCAGCUUCAUGGUUCCUGAGAGUUGUGGCCCCCAUGUUUUCUUGGAGCCAAGAGCUGAGGGGGACAGAAGGAGGAGAAGCAGCUGGGACUGAUGGGAUCGGAUGGGUGCCAGCAACAGGAGUUGUGCUGCCAGGUCUGGGCCCCACAUCCCCCUGCCCUGAGGAGCGGCUUAACGGAGGGUUGGCAUGAAGAGAUCUGGACACAGCGUGGGGUUUCUCGAUGGAAGUUGGUCGGGAGUGGUGAGGCAGGGGGCACAAGAACAUGUGGGAAAGGUAUUAAGGCAGGGCCAUGGGUGUGAUGAGCAGGGAAUGGCUGCAGCAGGAAGCCCUUGGAGGAGACAGGGAGACAAGGCUGGAAGCCUGCAGCGGUGCAGGACAGGGCUUACGCCGCUUGGAAUUGAGCUUGGUGGGAGACGAGCACAGCUCUGGUUGAACGGGUAACAUCUGGCCGGCUGAUAGCGCUCUUCCGCUCUGUUUGUCACUCAUGAGGCCCCACCAGUGCACCCUGGCCCCACGCUUCAAGAAGGUUGUGGGCAGAUUGGAAAGAGUCCAGCAGAGAGCAAUGGCAGUGACUGGAGGCCUAGGAAGCAGGAUUUACGAGCAAAGGCUGAAAAACCUCAGGUUGUUUAGGCUGGAGGAGAGAAGACCGAGCGGAUUUGAUAAGUCUUCAAAUACCCAAAAGGGCUUGGAAACCGAGGCUUUGAAGUGAGACGCACGGGGGAAAUCCACGACCUGCUCUUCUGAUGCAUAACAGAGCAAGGAGAUGAAGGGACAGCAGAAAGCAGCUGAGACUGAAGAGGGCACUGUGCAGAUCCAGGAAGGUGCAGUGGCCACAGGCGAGGAUCCCACCAGUGUGGCCAUUGCCAGCAUCCAGUCUGCAGCCACCUUCCCCGACCCCAACAUCAAGUACGUCUUCCGCACCGAGAAUGGUGGGACUCAGGUGAUGUACAGGGUGAUACAGGUGGCCGAGGGGCAGCUGGAUGGGCAGACCGAAGGCACCGGUGCCAUCAGUGGCUACCCAGCAACACAGUCAAUGACACAGGCUGUUAUUCAGGGCGCAUUUACCAGCGAGGAUGCCGUCGAGACUGAAGCCACAGGCACAGAGACCCACUACACGUACUUCCCCACCACGGCUGUGGCUGACACCAGCACUUCUGCCGGUGCGGGGAUGACAGCCACAGCCGUGGUGACCACCCAGAACUCAGAGGCCCUCCUGGGGCAGGCCACACCCACUGGUACAGGGCAGUUCUUUGUAAUGAUGUCGCCACAGGAGGUUCUACAGAGCGGGGCUCAGAGGUCCAUCGCGCCCAGGACCCACCCGUAUUCCCCGAAGUCAGAGACACCCCGGACGACCCGGGAUGAGAAGCGCCGAGCACAACACAAUGAAGUGGAGCGCCGGCGCAGGGACAAGAUCAACAACUGGAUAGUGCAGCUGUCCAAGAUCAUCCCCGACUGCUCCAUGGAGAACACCAAGUCGGGACAGGUAGGACAGGGCUGCCUGCUCGCGCCAGGGCUGGACGCGGCCCCUCCUGCCGGACCCCGAUGCUUCCUGGAGCUUCCCCAGCCUGAGAAGGGGGCUGGGGCAGGCUCGCAGGGGGCCCUGGAGCCCCCCGUAUCUCUCUCUUCCCAGAGCAAGGGUGGGAUCCUGUCCAAAGCCUGCGACUACAUCCAGGAGCUGCGACAGAGCAACCACCGCCUCUCUGAGGAACUGCAGGGCCUUGACCAGCUCCAGAUGGACAAUGAGGUCUUGCGGCAGCAGGUGGAAGAUCUCAAGAACAAGAACCUCAUCCUGCGUGCGCAGCUGCGCCAGCACGGGGUGGAGAUCAUCAUCAAGAACGACGCCCACUGACUGGCACGGGGGCGGGGGUGAGGGCCAGGGCGGCACUGGCUCGGGAACCUGGGGGCUGUUGGCGCUGGGCCCAUGGCCCUCCUGUCCUGCCCAUGUGCCCACCCGCCCGAGGCAGCUCCCUCCUGCUGACGCUUCUGAAUCGCAGCCCCUUGCUCUUGUACAGCCCCGAGCGAGGUUGGCUCAGGGUCUGGAGGUUGACCCAGUCCCCAGUGCCACCUCCCCCAGUGCUCCCUGCCAGCCCGGGCUUGAGUCCACUUGCUCUCCGGAGCUGCCCGAAUAAAGAAGCUGGCGUUGCUCCCAGAAGUGUUCUGAUUUGUGUAAGACAAGGAGCCCUCCCACCCCUCUUCCCUUCCUAUCUGGCUCCAUUGCCCGUGUGCCUACGCGUGGCACUCACUUGUGCAGACGUUGGCUCACAGGGGCGCAGCUGCCCCUUGGGCUGUGCACACUCACGGGUGCCUGUGCACCGCAGUAUUACACGUUCAGCACCUUGCACGCGCUUGUGCACGUGGUCUCAGCCUGGCACUGUAGCUCUCCCCCUGCACACACAUGCCCACUUCCCCCUGCCCUCCCCAGCACCUGCUGUCAUGGCCCGAGCUCAUGGUCACGUAUGCAGCCUGAUGCUGCCCUUCAGGCUCGUUAUCACCCUGGGAUGGCUGGAUCCUCUGGGCCAAGCUCGUUCCUCCUGCCACUCCCCACCUAGGGAGCUAGCCAGCUGCUUGGGCAUGGCAGCUGGUCUCCUUCACCCCCCAUCUCUCACCAUCACCCGUGGCCUGUGUGCCUGCUGCCCUGCCCAGCCUCCACUCACCAAGCAGGGAGAUGGUGGGCAACAGCAUGGGCAUCACCCUCCCCCACCCCCAGGCUGGUACCGCCUGGCUCUGCAGCCAUCAGACUUUUUUUAAUUCUCCGAAUUGAAGCAGCAGAAUCAAUAAAGCUAGUGAUUUUGGGUUUUUCCACA